GCGAACGUACAUAUUGUAUGUGUGAGAGUUUGACAUUUGUCAGAUAAGGACUUACAAACGACUUAUAGCAGUCCAGUGUGUCGACGCCAGACCAGAGACUUCACACAUCCAACAUGGCAGAUUCAGUGUCUAGACGUGCCGACAGAGCAUUGAAUAUACCUGAGUUUUUAGUUCAUUACCUAUUGGAGGUGUCUGCCAAUGCCUACCAUUCGACGGACAAUCCCUCCGGCAAAAUAAACCUUGGUACAAUUGAAAACAAGAUAUGUGAAGAUAUAUGGCUUAGGAAGGUGGAGGAGUUGACCCCAUUAAUUGUGGACAAAUCUUCACUGUAUUAUUACAACUUGACAGGUUUUGACAUACUGCGGCGAAACAUUGGCAAGUUUUUAGGAACCAAACUGAAACUGUCGGAGCCUCUGGAUCCAGAAAAGAUAGUCCUUCUUGAUGGAGUUACGGCUGUACUUAAUGCUACAGCGCUAGCUAUCGCGGAUGAAGGCGAGACCAUACUUUGUCCUAUUCCUACCUAUGGACGCAUCCUAAAUGAUAUAGAGGAAGUGGCAGGAGCCCGGUUCUACAAAGUGCCAAUGUUCAAGGAGUAUGAUACUGGAGAUGCCGCCGAGUUCCAGCUUAGUGUUAUUGAAAAGUAUUAUCAUAAAGCGAUUGACGAGGGUCACACUGUAAAAGGUGUCAUACUGUGUAAUCCUCAAAAUCCGACAGGGAAGGUAUACAGCAAAGACGACAUAUCCAGUCUGCUAGAGUUCUGUGCAAGCAAAAAGAUCCAUGCAGUUAUCGAUGAGAUUUAUGCUCUGUCAUGUUACGACAAACCGACAUUCACCAGUGUACUACAGUGUGAUAUCCCGGAUCCGUGUCGUACCCACUUCCUGUGGGGAUUCAGUAAGGAUCUGUCUCUAUCAGGCUUCAGGUGUGGAAUGAUAUACAGUGAAAACACCCGGUUACUGGAUUACGUUAAAAAAGUAGCCUUCUUCUGCUCGGUUCCUGCUCCUGUUCAAAUCAUUUUGAAUGCCAUCAUAUCUGACUCCGAGUGGCUAGACACAGUGUACUUCCCAUCAUAUCAAGAACGUCAACGGGAAAAUUUUGAAAUUGCAUGUGCUGGAUUAGAAAAGAUUGGGAUACCCUUCUACCAUGGAACUGCUGGAAGCUAUAUUUGGAUGAACUUAACAAAGUAUCUGUCAAACAAGACAGAAGAAGAGGAGUUGGCGCUGUUCCAUAAAUUACUUGAAGGUGGUGUAUACCUAUGUCCUGGUAAAGAAAUGAUCUCACCCUAUCCUGGAUGGUUCCGUCUUACAUUUACAACGUACAAAGACCACGUGAUUGAAGGUUUGAAGAGGAUGGAAAAUAUUCUGUCUACGUGUUCAUCCGCUUAACGUUUUCAAGCAGUACAUUAUUGCAAUACUGAUGUUGGACUAAAUCUUAGUUCAAACCCCACCACCGGAUUGUAAUAAUUUGCUUACGAUAUCAUAAACUUUUAUCAAUGUCUCAAACUUAUUUUUCUCCCUUUGUUACCACAAUUAUAUUGACUGUGAAAACAACAUGUGUGUCCUUGUGUGCGAUCGUUAGGUUGACCCUUGAAUAGGUCAAGAUCACGUUCGAAGGGAUUACAACCGAGAACAAACAACAAGCUGAAGUUUACCAGAUGGAGAGUGUUAUCUUAAGCGGACAAACAGGUUCGUCUAUUUUUAAAUGUAAUAAAAUCAGACAUAGAUCUUAA